AUGGCAGAAAAUAUCAAUUUGGAAUUGAGUUUACAAACAAAUCAACAAUUUGACGUUGAUUAUAAUUGUCGACUUCAUCUACCAAAAAGAGCGUUUGAACAAUUUAUAAUUCCAGAAAUGGAAUGGGAAUUAAUCAUGAAUUUGAAAAACAGUGUCGAAGUAAUAGUGAAAGAUGUGAACGGAAAUGAGUACCAUGUAACGCUAAUACAAUACCAAAAUGGUGAUUAUUGUUUCGUUGGAAAAUAGAUGGAUAUCGUGAGGGCAAAAGGUAUAAAAAACGAUGAAAUUUCACUUUUGUGGGAUAAAACUGUAAUGCCCCGACCGUCUCUAUCAGUGGGCCCUACGUCCUCUCUCGGGCUCAUGGGCUACCCUUGUCCGACGGCCGGUCCGCUACGUUUGGGAAGCUUUAAAGAUUUGUAUACCGACCCUACAAAUUACCACAUGAUUUUUCCCUGUGAUUUGUCCUGUCUCACACAGUUCCAACAAUCACUUUCCGGAAGGUCACCUAUCCUGAAACUACUCCAGCCCAAACACGCUUAACUGUGGAGUUCUCUCAGGACAGUUGA